UGUAAACAAAGUAACGAGCUGCUAGUUGAGAUUGAGAAGAAGUGAGAGUGGACGGUUCUCCCGCUCGUAGUGUAACUGGAAUAGUUGCUCGUAAUCCUUGUUUGUAAACAACGUGAUGUAAUUAGACGGACUGAGUCAUUUAUCUUUGAUUCUACGAUCUCCAUGUCGACAACACGCAACAUACAUGGCUAGCACUGCUAGCUAGCGUUAGCUAAUAUCCCUGCGCUAAUGAUAACGUGUUAUUAAGACACCAGCACCAAUGCCUCAAGAGGAAGAGCAGUCUCUUCCGCUGGUCCGCUCCCUGAACAGUCUCAUAGCCAUCAGUGCUGUGUUUCGUAACCUGAGUCCUCGUGUCGUGCGACCACUAUGGAUCGAUUACCGCGGGGAACCUCGAGCAUACGUUGAUUUACAGCCAGGGACGGGACGUGAAAUGGCCACCUUCAUUGGUCACCCGUGGAUGUUCAGAGAUGCAGAUUCUGAUGAGCCACUGAGGGUGAACGGCAAAGAACUGUUUCUUCCUAAACCAGCAGAGGGUAGAAACGCGGAUAUCACUUUACCAGUUUACAGCCUCAAGGAUCGUGCUCUGCAGGUCAUUCGGCGUCUGGUGCGAGCAGAAGACUACAGGAGGUUGGAAAUAGCUCGAUGUCUCCACGAGGAGCUGGAAGAUCAGCCCAGUGUAUUGAAAGAUCUCCAUCGCAUGAACCAGCGAGUAGAGCAGCAUCUACUGGAGAGGAUCCAAUGCCAGGAGGAAUGAGGCAUGAAACUGGAUGCAUAACGAUCACGUAUGGACAACAUUAUAUUCCACACUUCCCCUGAGGUCAUACAUAUGCUGCAAAUGAUGAUCUGCUGCUUGUUAUAUUCACACAUCGGCUUUGGCAAAUGCCUUCCUCUGCAGAAAAAAGCUCUACCCGAAGAUUUACCUUUUAGGAAGAGGAGAUUGUAUAUAAUGUGAUUGCAGCAUAUUCAAUUAAAUGGUAUUGUUUGUACUCUAAAAUGGUAUUCAAGCAUUUCCAUGUUUUUUCCUAAAAGGCCACCAGAGACAUGGGGACAUUUCAGCCAUUGAUGCCAAUCUGAUUACCUUAUUCUCUUUUUUGUUUUGUCAUAUAAAGCGAGGUUCUGUCAUACUCUCCUCAAAAUAAUCCCAUUUGAUCAUACACACAAGACAGAGCUUUUUUUGUUUUUGUCAUGCAUACAGUGUUUUAAUUGCUCUUUUGUCAUAAUUAUAUCUUUAGAAAGGACAGUUGGAUAGAAAUGUCAUAUAGAUAUGUGUUGUUAAUAUUCUUAUUGAGAAUGCCUGAGAUAAGGGGAUCUAAACUUAUCCAGUUUACUGCACAUCUCCCCUGAAGAACAUCUUACUUUGUUAUCUCAGCUGUUAAACUCAGAGGUUAAACUAAGACUGAGCUGUUCAGCCGUCAUCAGAAAGCUUUGGCCUGUUCUGGUAAAUGUGGACUUUUUGUCAGAAUAUACCUGCCACCAUAAAUGGGCAGAGUCUCUCCUAAAAUGUUGUCUUGCAGCGGAAAAACAAAAUAUUUUGUCUUUACAAUUUUCAGACUUGGCUGUGAAACGGUGUGAGUGAGGAUUUAUUCUUUUGUUUUUGUCUACUUUGUAAUUCUUUGCUUAUUUUGUUCCUCUGUCACCAUGUUUUAAAGACAUACAUUGCUACUGUAUCUCAAAGACCUUCAUCGUUUAUUUGUGUAAUAAAUAAAAGAUAUAUUUCUUACUGGUU